AUGGGUCUCAGAGCCGUUCAAAGUGAUGAAUUUAUUGAAGAGCUGGGAGUCAGCUCCAUCAAAGCUAACAUCACUCCAUAUGGAGCAGAUCAGGUUCACGGAGGUGAGGUGGGUGUGGCGUGCGGACACUUCCUGUGUGGUGGGCUGAGUCUAGUCCGGUGGAGAAGUGUGUAUGGGCCGGGGUGGGUGAUCGCAGACAUGGAAGAGUCCGGAGAGCGGAGCCCGCUAUUGGCUGGACGAUCACAGUCGUCUCCUCCGUCCGUGUUCUCUGGCCGCCGCCUGGCCUGUGCCGCUGUACUGCUGUCCGAGCUCCUGGAGAGGGUGGCCUUCUAUGGCAUCACCUCCAACCUGCUGCUCUUCCUCAAUGGACCCAUCUAUAACUGGGAGGGCACCGAGGCCAGCCAGGCGCUGCUGCUCUUCAUGGGCGUCACCUACCUGGUGUCCCCCUUCGGGGGGUGGCUGGCAGACGCGCUGAUUGGCCGCUUCAGGACCAUCCUGCUGAGUAUGGUGCUCUAUAUGCUGGGCAUGCUGCUCUUCCCUCUCAUCACCUACACAACCACCCGAUCCGCCUUCUGCGGGGACUUACCUCUGGUCAUUGUGGAAAACUGCACCACCGCCAACACCUCCGCCAUCAAUGGAUCGUACAUGCAGUGCCAGGACCAGGGACUCCGCUACUGUGGCGUCCCCGUCUUCGUAGGACUGAUCGUCGUAGCGCUGGGAGUCGGUUCCGUCAAGGCCAACAUCACUCCGUUCGGAGCCGAUCAGGUCAAAGACCGUGGACCAGAGGCAACGCGUAGAUUUUUUAACUGGUUCUACUGGAGCAUUAACUUGGGUGCAAUCGUGUCUCUGUGUGGGAUAGCUUAUGUUCAACAGAAUGUGAGCUUUCUCAUAGGAUAUAUUAUCCCUGCAGUUUGUAUCGGUGUUUCCUUUCUUGUGUUUAUGUGUGGACAUGCUGUCUUUGUUACGAAACCAGCUGAUGGAAGUGCCUUCACCGACAUGUUCAGAAUAUUUGGAUACUGCUGCUGUAGGCGGAAACAGUCCACGGAGAACCCAAGGCAAAUUAGUCAAACAAACGGUUUGCAUCGGCCUAAUCAAAGCAUUUUGGAUACGGCCAAGGGUUCUCGUGGAGGACCGUUUCGAGAUGAUCAGGUAGAAGAUGUGAAAGCCCUUGUGAAGAUAAUACCAGUCUUUUUGGCCCUAAUCCCCUACUGGACUGUGUAUUUCCAGAUGCAAACCACAUACGUCCUUCAGAGCUUCCAUUUGUUAAUCCCACAGAUAUUUGAAAAUAAAAAUCAUACGUUUCCGGCAGCAUGGCUCACCAUGUUUGAUGCGGUUCUCAUUCUGAUCCUGAUCCCGCUUAAAGAUAAGGUAGUGGACCCAGUUUUGAAAAGGAAAGGCUUGUUACCAUCGUCGCUCAAGAGGAUUGCUGUGGGAAUGUUUUUUGUAACCUGCUCAGUCCUGGCUGCAGGUAUUCUGGAAAGUAAAAGACUGGAGAUCGUAAAACAAGGUGGUACACAGACCCAACAGAUUGGAAAGGUCACGUAUUAUGCGGCAAAACUUGCCAUAUGGUGGCAGCUACCUCAGUACCUUCUCAUUGGAAUCAGCGAAAUAUUUGCAAGUAUAGCAGGGCUGGAAUUUGCCUACUCUGCAGCACCUAAAUCUAUGCAGAGUGCUAUUAUGGGCCUUUUCUUUUUCUUUUCUGGAAUUGGAUCGUUUGUGGGCUCUGGCCUGCUAGCCUUGGUGUCGCUACCCUCUAUUGGAUGGAUGAGCAGUCAUGUAGAUCAAGGUAACAUCAAUGACUGUCAUCUGAACUAUUAUUUCUUCCUGCUGGCUGCUGUGCAGGCCGUGACACUCCUAAUCUUUCUCAUCAUUUCUGUGAAAUAUGAGCGCCAACAGAGCAAAGCAAAUGGAAAGCUGUAAUCUUGUUGGUGAAAAGCUAAACCUUAUGGAGCCACGUGUUGGUGGGCAGCUUGACUUUAGAAAGUGGCUGCAAUUUUCUUCCUAGUAUGGGUGAUGUCCAUGUUUAGUGUACACAGUUCCAAGUGCCCUUUUUGAAAGUGGAGACUUUAUUUUCAAGGUCACUUACUUUGCACUACUUGGAUACUGCAGGACUGUUCCAAGCCUCUAGAAAGCACUGAAAAUGUUUGCAGACCUGCAGGUAUCUACAAAGCUGUCUUUUUGGAAUGAUCUGUGUUGACAUAUCUUGUGUGUUUAUUGUAUCCUAUUCUACUACUGGGUUGUUGGAUUACUGCAUAAUAAUUGGUGAAGUCCGAGAUGAGAUUACUGCAUAACUGGUGGUCCUACAUAAUGCAAUGGUUGGGAAUCUGCACAGUUCGUUUUUUUUUCUUUUCUUUUCUUUUUUUACACUUUGUUUUGUUAAAAAAUUUUACAAGGAUUUUAUUAUCUUUCAACCUAAUCCAAAUCCUUGGAUGUAGGAGCGCUACUGUACACUAUCCUCACUCUGCUACCGCUGACCCAAUAUGUAGUUAUAUGUACGUUUUAGAAAUGCUUCAGGUGAACCAAGAUUGUAUUUUUUUAUCCGUAGCAAUAUUACACUCCUAUAAUUAUGUUGGAAGGCACAGCUUUGGAUCUGCUAGCAAGCAUUGGCUACGGUCGGACAGGAGUCUUUGAAUUUGCUUGCCAAGGCAGCAGAUUCAAUUAUUACACAAUGGAAUCAUAAUUAAACUUUUCUCAGUCGUCUACAUCAAAAAAAAACUUUGAGUUUUCACUGGGAUGUGAGCUGGAGCAGAAUUAACUAUACUAUUAAUAUGAACUCUACACCACAGACCAUUUAGCUUCGCCUUGUCAAUAGAAGUAUUCUCGGCAAGACCCCUUUCACGCUAGGGCCGUGUUGGCGCUAAAGCGCCGCUCGUUUCAGCAGCAUUUAUUUAUUUUUUUGUCUGCUAGCAGGGUGCUUUUAACCCCAAAGAAGUGGUUAAAGGCACCCUUGUUGCGGUGCUUUUUGAAAUGCUGUUCAGGCGCUUUGAAACUAAUGAGCAGCACUUCCAAUGAGCAGAGUGUUUUGAGAGCGAUGAAUACCGGGCUCUCUGCCCCAAAAGCUGCUUGCAGGUCUUUUCCUACUGUUCCGCAAGUGCACCGCCGCAGUGUGAAGUCACACUGAAAUGAAUGGGAGGCGGUCUUUCAUGCGCUUUACAGGCACUAUUUCUAGUGCUAAAACGCCUGAAACACAUUUUUAUCCUGUUGGGAUUAAACGUAUAAAUGUAUGCAGCAGUUAUUCUGUACAUUAAAUGUUGAAAAAAUAGUGUCCCAUACAGUAUUUUGCCCCAUUUACAUCGUAUGCAACCCCCCCAUGUACAUAUCAGUUCAAAGUGUUGGGCUCCAUUCACACCUGAGCGAUCUGAAUCGCUGCGAAAUUUGACAUAUAUUUGAAAUUGCGGAAUGCUUGUGCGAUGCCAGUACUUCUUAAUGGCAUUCCAAAGCAAUUUUGCCGCGAUUGUUGUGCGAUAAACCGCAACUUGCAACGCAAGAGAGCGAUAAGUGGUGCACAUUGCGUGUUUUUUUUUUUUUUUUCCAAUUUCAAUCACUCAGGUGUGCAUGGAGGGAAAACUGUUCUCUGUUAAAACCUUAUAUUUAGCAUAGGGAGAUAAUCUUUUCAUAUGAUUAACCAUUCUUCACCUUGGGCUAAGUUCACACUGCUGCGACUUUGCCAGGCAACUAGAGUACUACUUUAAAGUAGCACAGGAAACUUUUCUAAAGUCGGAAUGACUUUAGCAGUGCUAAUUGAGACAGCUGUCAUUGACUAACUAGGAUUUCACAUGUCAUGCGACUUGAGGUCACACAAGUCGCAUAUUAAGUCGCAGCAGUGUGAACUGAGCCUUAAUCCUCUACCUUUUUUGAUGUAGCCUUUUUCUAAACUGCAUAAACAUUGCAAAAUGAAUUUUUAUUCAUGGUGUUUUAGGGGUAAUGGUUGUACCUGAGCUCUUGUAAGUCUGUAUUCUCGCUACAUGUGAGCUCCAGCUACAAUUGCGUUAUGACUUGUAUUCUUAUAAUGGUUCUACUACCUGUGGUCUAUAUAUACUGACUUGAAGCAGUUUUUUUCAUCUUUUUUUAGCAGGCUUUUUUUGUGGUUAAAUUCUGGUCUGAUCUCAAUCAUGUAUUAGUUUAUUUUGAUAAUAACCUGGUUUAUGCUUAUCAAAAAGGCAAAGAACGAUGUACAAAUGUCAGAUUUCCAUUGAUCCGUUUUAGCGAUCUGAGAUCGAAUUGGUUGUUAUCAAUUUGAUAUAUUUUUGAACAUUCUCUUUGUGCUUGCAUUGCAUUUGUGAAUUAACCUGUUGGUGUGCACAGAUGCUGUGAUGGCACUUGAGCUGUUGGGUUCCAUGCAACUCUGCAGGAAAAAUUGCCAUGCAACUCGCACAGCAUCCAAAGUGAGAGCUGAAUGGUACAGUGGACCCCAAACAAUGCAACAUGUUUAUGUGCACCACCAAAGCACCCCUAAAAUACACGCCUCUGGUUUUAUCAAUCUGUUACUUCAUGGGGUUGGUGUCUGGUUCAGCACCACUCUACUCCUCAGGAGCGAGUCCUCGGACUAAGCAUGAACAUCCAUUUAACAUUUUAUCGUAUUUAUUCUUUGGUUGUGGUUCAUUUCUCUAUUACAGAUGAGAUGUUCCUACGUACUGCAAUAGUGUAGUAAUGUAAAAUGUAAUGAUUCUUGUAAUAUUUAAAUUUCUUUGUAGCAAUCAUGAUCUGACGCACAAAAUUGCAUCUUUUUUAUUGUAUUUUAAAAUUAACCAUAACCAGAAAAUUUUAAUGUGACUUGUACCAGACAAAUUAUAAGUAGGCACAUAUGAUUUUGAAAGGGCUUUUUCUUGGCUCUUAACAAGGCUGGCCAGAAAUGGGAUACUAUCCUCCCCAAACUGCCACAUUGUAAUUGGGUUUUCUGGGUGCUUUUUCACUAAACGUGUACCAGGAAGAAGCUGGUGAUUCUUCAAAAAAAAUAACUGACUAAAUACAUUUCUGCUGUCCCUUUUCACCUAAGAUGCAUUAAAAAAAAAAAA